CAACGUUAUUUUAAUGGCGUCCGUUUGUGUUGAGUUGAUAUGAAACUUCCCCUUUCGCUUUCCAUUCCCGCAACUGCUACUUUCCUCUCCCACCCCCAACCCCCUUUCAAUUCGUCUAAACCCUAAAGAUCUUUUCUUGGAAUUCACUCGAAAUAUUAUUUCUUCAAAAAAUUGUACAAUUGUGGAGUACUAUAAUUUAUUCCGUAUAUAUUGAUUGCUAAUACAUAUAUCUGCGACUAGUAGUACUGUGUGUGAACGGAAAACAAUGAGCUGGAGAAGAGUUGGGAAAUCUUUUCAGGCACUGGCAGCUCACACCUUGCUUUUGUGUUUCACUGUUUUGCUGGUUCUCAAGCUCGAUCACGUCGUCGAUUACUCCUGGUGGAUUGUAUUCUUCCCUCUAUGGCUGUUUCAUGCUGUUGUUGCCCGAGGAAGAUUCUCCCUGCCCGCUCCAUCAGUUCCCCAUGAUCGCAAUUGGGCACCAUGUCAUGCUGUUGUUGCGAUACCUUUGCUUAUAGCAUUUGAACUACUUCUUUGUAUACAUCUCGAGAGCAUAUAUGUCAUCCAUUCUGCAGCGGUGAAUUUAAAAAUUGUCUUUCUUCCCUUGUUAGCAUUUGAAUUAAUCAUUCUCAUUGACAACUUCAGAAUGUGUAAGGCGUUAUUACCUGGAGAUGAUGAAAGCAUGAAUGACGAGGCAAUAUGGGAAACGCUUCCUCAUUUCUGGGUGGCGAUCGCCAUGGUUUUCUUUGUUGCUGCUACAGUGUUCACCCUUCUGAAGUUGUGUGGUGAUGUUGGCGCUCUGGGCUGGUGGGACUUGUUUAUAAAUUAUGGUAUUGCUGAGUGCUUUGCUUUUCUUGUUUGUACGAAGUGGUCAAAUCCAACGAUUCAUGGAAGCUCUCUUGCACAUGGAGCUAGUUCAUCAUCUACUACUAUCAGAUAUCUUGACUGGAAUAGUGGUUUAGUGGUUUCCUCAGAGGAGGAACCACAGAAUAGAAUGUGUGGGCUGCAAGACCUCGGUGGUCACCUAAUGAAAGUUCCAAUCAUAUGUUUCCAAAUCCUCCUCUGUAUGCGCCUGGAGGGAACACCUGCAAGUGCAAGACACAUUUCCCUUCCACUUCUAUUCUUACCCAUAUUCCUAUUGCAAGGAGCUGGGGUCUUGUUUGCUACAUUAAGAUUUGUUGAGAAAAUUAUUCUUUUAUUGCGAAGUGGAGCUGUUGCGGGACGAUAUCAUGUAUUCUCUUCAAGAGUGCGUGACUGCUUUGCGUUUAUGCAUCACGGUUCCAGGCUACUUGGUUGGUGGUCCAUUGAUGAAUCAAGUCGAGAAGAACAGGCUCGACUAUUCCAUGAUGGAUUUCCGGGGUAUAAUACUUUUUGUGGUUAUCCACCUGAAAUAGUCAAGAAAAUGCCCAAGAAGGAUCUUGCUGAGGAGGUUUGGAGACUUCAAGCAGCUCUGGGUGAGCAAGCAGAAAUUACUAAAUUGAGCCAGCAGGAAUAUGAAAGACUUCAAAAUGAAAAAGUUUUAUGUAGGGUUUGUUUUGAAGGAGAGAUUAGUACGGUGCUACUCCCUUGCAGGCAUCGUGUCCUUUGCAGUACCUGCUGUGAAAAAUGUAAGAGAUGCCCUAUCUGCCGUGUCUGUAUUGAGGAGCGCUUGCCUGUAUAUGAUGUAUAAAUCCAUCAAAUUUAUACCAUCAAGUUUCUGGUUUCUUGAGUUGGAAGUCCUUACAAAAUGUCAGAUGAUACAUGACAAGGUAGUUAAUAGUUUCUCUAUAGAAUUUUGGGCAGUUAGUUUUGCUUUGACUGAACUAACAACAUUAGGUAGGGCAUAGUCGGAUUGCAGUUGUUAUUCUCAUGCUGUGAUCUUCUGUAAAUGCAUGUCCUUUAUAAUGAAGGAAGCUGUAAAUAUUACAGUAUAUGCCUUUUCUCAGUUUUUCUUUUUCCUUUCUAAAUUUAGCUAAAUACUUUAUUGUCCA